UGAUUCACACCAUGGCCCCCAAGAUGAGAGCAUACAAUGGAUUUAUUAGUGGUCUAUUUAUCAUUAUCUGUGCACUAAUUUGGCUUUUAAAUUUGAAAAAUUCGACAGAGAGAGUGCGUCCUCUGCCAAUUCCCUCUGAGUACCAGGCUGACCUGCCUGGCUGUUUGGCCAUCAUCAACGGAGACUUGGAAGGUACAAGGUUCCGAUUAGAACAGCUCAUGAAACCUGGUGAGACAAAGGCUUUGCCUACAAAAUUCGACCCUACUGUGACAAAAGACUGCAAGGCGUAUGUCAGAAGGAGAGGGUUCAUCCCAGCGCCUCUGAGUGUGGAGGAGCAAAACUUUCCCAUUGCCUACUCCAUGGUGAUCCAUGAGAAAGUGGAGAUGUUUGAGCGACUCUUGCGUGCCAUUUACCAUCCACAGAAUAUCUACUGUGUGCAUGUGGACAAGAAAUCUUCUCAGGACUUCCUGCAUGCUGUAAGCGCAAUUGUUUCCUGUUUCCCGAACGUGUUCAUAGCGAGCAAAUUGGAAACGAUUGUUUACGGAACGUGGUAUCGGGUCCAGGCCGAUUUGAAUUGCAUGAAAGACCUGCUGCAUAAACCUGUCCAGUGGAAAUACCUGCUCAACACCUGUGGGGCAGAUCUCCCAAUCAAAACUAAUGCAGAGAUGGUGAUGGCACUGCAAGCGCUCAAUGGAAGGAAUAGUUUGGAGUCUGAAGCUACCAACGAUUACAAAAAGAAUCGCUGGAAGUACCAUUUCGAAGUGUCCGACCAAAUCAUCCAGACAAAUGUCCUGAAAAGCCCCCCUCCUAUCAGCACCCCUAUGUAUCAGGGCAACGCUUACUUUGUGGUGACAAGAGAGUUUGUGAGACAUGUGAUUGAGGACCCAGAGAUACAGAAAUUUCUGGAGUGGGAGAAGGACACCUACAGCCCAGACGAACACCUGUGGGCCACUCUUCAACGAAUGCCAUCCGUGCCCGGGUCACAGCCUCCCAAUGACAAGUAUGAUGCGUCGGACAUGAAUUCCAUCGCUCGCCUGGUGAAGUGGGGUUCCUUGGAAGGGGACAUCCGGAAAGGGGCUCCCUAUGCUCCCUGCCGCGGCAUCCACAGAAGAGCUAUUUGCCUGUUUGGGGUCGGUGACCUCCACUGGUUAUUUCAACAGCAACACCUUAUGGCGAACAAAUUUGACCCAGAGGUCAAUAACAUUAGCAUUAGAUGCAUAGAAGCAUAUCUCAACUUUAAAUCAUGGAGGGAUGGCUCACGCUCAAACCACAAAUAUGAUGCUGUCUUGAAGUCUCUUUUCAGUUUUUCACAUAGUGAAAAACUGUCAUAUAGUAGGAGCGAUAUUAAGUUUAAAAAAUUGUUUAUGGAUGUAAGUAAGAAUUUUAUAUAAAAUAGCGUGUAUGUUAAGGAAGCGCAUAGUAUGUGUAUGUGUAUAGUGGAUUUCAAGGAAAUCUUUUAGAGAACCGCAGUGCCAUCUAGUGGGCAAAAAGAGUAGCUUUUUAUAAAAGCGCUGGACUCUGACAUCGAUGAAUUAGAAUACCCUAGGGGGCCUCGUGAAUAUAUGAGAUUAGAGCAGAGAUUUAAAGAAGUUGAGUUUAAUUUACAAUAGGCUGCAGGGGCGAUUCUAGGAUGAGACCUUUUGGGGGCUCAGCCCCUAAUGAGGAUGUGACAUGCCGCAUGCGUAUAGUGCAUUGCAAAAGUGCUCAGCCCCCCCGACUGCUAAAUCACUAAUUUCACUGGAUAACAAUUAUAAUAUAAUAUUUAACUGUAUAAGACAUUUUAAUUUACAAAAAUACUUUUGAUGAAUUACUAGCAACAUUCUUCUCACACCAUAAAAUAUUUGGUGUAAUUGGCCACCAGCAAUUGGUGGUCAAUUGUUGUUCAAAAUAAUUAUGGGUAAUUAUUAUUGGUUUCAAUAUAAUAACCUGUUUUAGAUUUUCUUAAACAAAAAUAAUGAAGUGCAUGAAUUGGAUCAUUAGUUACAUUGGCCAUAAUCUCAGAGCUACACCAAAUUUAUAAAAAAAAAUCUAUAAUAUAUAUAUAAUAUAAACCUGUACAAAGGCCUUUGAACCUGUCAUUGUUUGAACCCUGUGUCUAAGGUUCAAACAGGUUUGACAGGUUUUCAAAAUAUAACUUAAGAGGGGCUAAAUAAUAAUUCAGAAAUUAAUAUUGACAUUAAAAAUAAUGUAAAAAUAAGUCUACUGUGUUAAAUAACAUUGUAUGAUUUAAUUUAAAAAAUAUUAAUGCCCCAUUAUGUUUUUGUCCUGGUUGUCCUAUUUUUGAACAAUUUACGAAUGAAGUAGGCCUAUAGUGAUCCUGUAUAAAAGUGUUGUGGAAUUGUGUCAUGUCUUCUAUGAAC